UAAUUGUGGUGGCUGGCCAUUGAGUUCAGACUAUCACAAGUGGUUGAUAUGGUGGCUAUCUAUGUAACUUACACUCUUUAAUUUCAAUACAUAACUAAAUGUCUAUAAAAAGAGAUGUACUAAAUACAAUUAUCUCACAACCAAUUUUCUUUCAUAAUCUUUUUAAGUUGUUUCUUGAUAUUAUUAACUUAGCCAUGGCAAUUCAACAUUUUUUUCCCAUAUUUCUUGUUUCCCUAUUAUGCCUUUCUCCUAUUGGCCAUGCCAUGAGGGAGAUACAGCUGGGUGACGUAAUACCGUCACCAUUCGAUUUUAUCAAAUUAUUACAAGGUUCCGUCAAGGGUGACCGAAUCCUAGGUAUCAGUGUACUAAAAAACUAUCUCCAGAAAUUUGGUUAUCUCGACAACCUAAAUAACACCCAAAUCAAUAACGAAUUUGAUGAUGCCCUUGAGUCCGCCAUCAAAACUUACCAGCAAAAUUUCAAUAUUAACCCCACUGGCGUACUAGACGCUGCAACGGUAUCGACAAUGAUCAUCCCUCGAUGUGGGGUCCCCGACAUCAUCAACGGUGCAAACACGAUGCAGCCUGCUGGCAUAGAAAAUCACGAAUCAAGCUCGAGCAGCAGCCAGCAUGGACAUAUCCAUACAGUAUCCCACUACACUUUCUUUUCAGGAAACCCUAAAUGGCCGCCAUCCAAAUAUAACCUAACAUACGGAUUUUUGUCUAAUGUACCCGCUAACGCAGUUGCCCCCGCAGAGAGGGCCUUUCAGAACUGGGACAACGCCACCCACUUUACUUUCAAACGGGCUUCCAGCGGUCAAACCGCUGAUCUGAUCAUAGGGUUUCAACGUGGGGACCACGGAGAUGGGUCCUCGUUCGACGGCCCGGGCGGGAUCCUAGCCCAUGCGUUCGCCCCAACCAAUGGGAGGCUUCAUUACGAUGCUGACGAG